AAGAAAAGGACAAGCGUGAAGUGCUUCUCAGAUAAACCCUUUGUUUUGAUUACCGCAUUGGUCUCUCUCUCUUUAUCUCACUGCGACUCACUCUAGUGAGAGAAAGAAGAAGCGAAGAAAAAAAACACACACACACAAACACAAGCACAGUUGAAAAUGGCUCUGCUUACCCUCUCUUCGCUGCAAUGAAGAAACGUUUGUUUUUCUUCUCCGAAGAAGAAAAAUGGCUCUCGGCGACGAUGCGCAGCACCACUCUCCCUCGUUCCUCGAUGCCCUUCUCUGCGAAGAGCGAGAAACCUUCGAGGAAGACUUUGAUGAGAACGGUUAUGAGCGUGAGACCGAAAACAACGAACCCUCUGUGAUAAAGUCGCAAUCUUUGCCCUUGGUUUUGCACGAUAAUGACCUGUUCUGGGAAGACGAAGAGCUCGUGUCGUUAAUCGCGAAAGAGGGAGAGACCCAUUUGUGUUUUCAUGGUGUCGUUGCUAAUGGGGCCUUGGAAGGGCCUCGUGUUGAGGCUGUGAACUGGAUUUCGAAAGUUUGUGGGCACUAUGGGUUCUCCGCUUUGACAACUGUUCUCGCUGUUAACUACUUUGAUAGGUUCAUCACAAGUUUGAAGUUUCAGAACGAUAAGCCGUGGAUGACACAGCUCACUGCUGUUGCUUGUUUGUCCCUUGCUGUGAAAACGGAAGAGACCCAUGUGCCACUCCUCUUGGACCUUCAAGUGGAGGAGUCAAGGUUUGUGUUUGAGGCAAAGACUAUUCAGAGAAUGGAGCUGCUGGUGCUGUCAACUCUUAAGUGGAGGAUGCAUCCGGUGACCCCAAUUUCCUUCUUUGAACACAUUGUGAGAAGGCUUGGUUUGAAGAGUCGCUUGCAUUGGGAGUUUCUAUGGCGUUGUGAGCGUGUUCUUCUCAAUGUCAUUGCCGAUUCAAGGGUUAUGAGUUAUCUUCCUUCUACAUUGGCUGCUGCGACAAUGAUCCGUGUUAUUAAAGAGAUUGAAUCAUUUAAUGCGACCGAGUACAUUGAUCAGCUUCUGGGUUUACUAAAGAUUAGUGAGGAACAAGUGAACCAGUGCUACAAAAUCAUACAGAAACUAUUAGGUUGCUAUGAAGGCAUUUACAGCCUUCACCAGAAACGCAAGCGACUAUCUGAACCGGGUAGCCCAGGUGCUGUCACUGAUGCAUCUUUCAGUUGUGAUAGCUCAAAUGAUUCAUGGACCGUGUCAUCAUCAGUCUCACUUUCACUGGAGCCGCUGUUGAAGAGGAGAAAAUCUCAGGACCAGCAAAUGCGACUGCCUUCUGUCAAUUGUGUGUCAAUUGAUGUUCUUAAUAGCCCUCGCUAAUAAUGAACUUAGUAUUUACUUCAAAUGUGGUAGCUUUCUUUCAUAUAAAUCUGGCAGUUAUGUUAUUGAAAUGCUACUAAAUUAUGUUCUUAGUUAUAGACAUUUCUAGCCAUAAUUUGAAAAUUAAUGAGGCAGAGACUGAGAUACCCUUCUCCACUUUGUGGUUUAAGGUGGAAAAGGGAUCUGGUACUGAGUAGAAAUAUAAGUUAUAAACUUGUAAUUC